AUGGAGUCCGGCGCAAAGCCGUUGGUCGACGUCGACCGAUGGCCGUACCAACGCUCCCAUCUCGGACUCAACACCAGCGAUGUCGGCAUCUUCAAAUCAACCAUCCUCCCCUCAUUCGCGCUCCAUUCCAGCUUCUCCGUAGCAGCCUACGCCAUCUCCAGAGCGACCGACCGCGGCGAAAUCAAAGACUACUUCUGGCCCCUAAGCCAAGUCGCCAACGCCUGGUGGAGCGCCGUCGGCGAACCAAUGUACCACAACAACCUCACCUUCACCAGCGCCAUGAACGCCAUCCCCUGGACCGAAAAGGUCCUGCUAAGCUGCGUCACAGCCUGGGGCACCAGACUCUUCUACCGCAUCGCGUCACGCUCCCUCGCCCGCGGCAGAGACGACCCGCGCUACGAGGACCUCAAGGCCAAGGACCCCGGGUUCUGGAACUCGGCCCUCUUCAAAAUGUAUCUCCCCGAAGCGGCGUUCCUGACUCUCAUCACGCUGCCCUUCACGCUGCCGUUCCGGGAGAGUUGGUCGAGUGUUGCGCUUGGCGCGGAGACGUCUGGCAUGCUUCGCGCGGUGGGCGUGGGGCUCUUCAGCGCGGGCUUCGCGAUGGAGGCGAUGGCCGAUACGCAGCUGGAGCUGCAUCGCAAGGAGCGGGAUGAUCUGUGCCGCCAUGGGGUGUGGAGUAUCGUCCGGCAUCCGAAGUGCGUAUUCCCCCGCUUGUGGAAUCUGGACCCGGAAAUCAAAGCUAAUGGCUACAGCUACCUGGGCGACACCCUCGUCCACCUCUCAUUCGUUGUCCUCAACGCCGCAAACACGUUCAACCCGCUUGUCCUGCUUGGUCCGAUUGCGAACUACGUCUUUCUCCGUGUUGUUGGCGGCGAUGCCCAGAAUGAGGCGAGCCAGGAGGAGCGGUACAGGGUGCAUGAUCCGCACAAGUAUGCGCAGCUGCAGGCCUGGCGGCGCGAGAAGAACAGCUUCUGGCCUGGUUUGUCGGAGCUGGCGAAUCCGUGGACGUGGGCUGUUGUUGCUAGUGGUCUUGUGGGUGUUGUUGUUGAGGAGGUGGUGCGUACCUCUUUUGGCCAGUAG